AUGGCAACCGAGGCACAGGGAGUGCCCGCCGCCUGGCACGUCGCCCGCAAGGCCGACACGUACAUUAAGGAGCUCCGUAGCGAGGCCGAGGCUGCCGCUGCUGCCGCCGCCAACAAGGCCGUCAAUGACCAGCAUCUUUUUCACCAGGCCGAGGUCGCCGCCGAGCUCGCCCGCAGCGAGGCUGAGGCGCUUAGCGCCAGUCUCGACCGCACCAAGGCUGAGCUCCGCGAGGCUGGCGAGGCGCUAGAGACUGCAAAGGCCGAGGCUGCUUCUGCCCGGGCCGCUGCCUCGGCUGCCGCCGCUGACGCUGCCUCACUCAAGAGCUACGCCGCCUCUCUCGAGGCCGACAAGGCCUCGCUCCUCAACCUCCUCGACCUCAAGGGCAAGGACGUCGACCGCAUGGCUGCGUCGUCGUCGUCGUCGCUCGAGCGCCUUGCCGCAGAGUCGGCGUCCAAGGCUGACGUCGAGGUCGCCCUCCGCGAGGCAGAGUCCAACCUGGUCGCCGAAUCGUUCCGCGUCGCCCGUCUCGAGCGCGAGCUCGAGCAGGCCCGCUCCCACACCGAGUGGCUCACCGCUGAGCUCGACGACAAGGCUUCGCAGCUGCUUACUGCCCGCAAGGAGGCGUCUACGCUCCGCAUUGACUCGCAGGUCGAGCUCGAUGCAGCCCGCCGCGAGGCCGCCGCCGCCAACGACGCCCUCACCCGCAUCCGCGCCAACCUCGACGCCAAGACCGAGGCCCUCGACGCCAAGGCUGCCGAGCUCCGCGAACUUCGCGACGAGAUGGCUGCCAAGGAGUCGGCCUUUGCGCGGACCAACGCGACCCAGACUCGCCUCAUCGAGCUGUACAAGGACGAGGCUGCCCACGAGAAGGAGCGUGCCGACGGCUUGCAAACCGCGCUCGACGAGCUCAACGCGCUCGUCGACCAGUCUGAGGCCGCACACACCGCCAAAAUUGACGAGCUCCUCCGCGAGCGGGUCGAGCUGCAAAACCAGCUCGCCGACGCGCUGCGUCUCCGCCCGGCCACCGCCGACUCGCCUCUGGGCGCCGACUCGCCGUCACGCCGGCGGACCCGCCGCCGCUCCGACUCGCCGGCCUCAGACUCGGACUCGGACGAGGGUGCAGACUCCGAGGUGAGCGGAGCGCCCGCUCCGCUCGCCCAGGGCCCGCCGUCGGCCAAGAAGCGCAAGACCCUGGCUGCCGUGUCCAAGACCGCCGCCGCCGCCGCCUUUCUCAUUGGCUCGGCCUCACCGACGGGCUCGCCGGCCCGGCCGGCGCUCGGCUCGCCGGGCGCGCUCUCGGUCACUGAGAUGUACUCGCGGUUCAUGGAGGUCGAGAACGAGCUGAAGGCGAGCCAGCGCGAGAACCGCAAGCUCAACAAGUACCUGCAGCAGAUCCUGGUCGAGGUCGAGGAGAAGGGCCCGGUCCUCGCCGCCAAGGAGAAGGAGUAUGACGAGGCCAUCUCGCUGCACUCGGAGCUCUCCGCCCAGCUGCUCGACGCGCGCAUGCAGGUUUCGGCAGCCGAGACCGCCCGCGACGACGCGCUCGCCCGUGCCGCUCGCCUCUCGACCGAGAACGAGCUGGUCCGCGGCGAGGCCGAGGACCUCUCCCUCCAGGUCAAGGUCCUCCUCUACGAGCUGGCCGAGGCCCAGGGCAAGGAGGCGCCGGCGCCGGGUGCCGAUGCCGACGGCGAUGCCUCGCUCUUCAAGUCGAUCGAGGAGCUGCACAACGUCAACCUCGAGCUUCGCAAGACCAAUGCUGUUCUCCGUGACCAGGUGGCCAAGCAGAGCUCCGAGGCUCGCGCUGCGCUCGAGUCGGACCUUGCCGACAAGCUGCGCACGGCCAUGGCCGAGCUGGACGACAUGUCGGCCGCCCACGACCGUCAGACCGAAAUGGUGGCCUCGGUCGCCCGCCAGCGCGACAUGUACCGCUCGCUCCUUGCCCAGGCCGACUCGCGGUACGUGGCCGAAGGCGGCGCGCCCGGCUCGACCGGCUCAGGCCAGUCCGAGCUCACCCGCGUCCGCAACGAGCUCGAUGCGGUCAAGGCCGACUUUGACGUCUUCCGCACCGAAGCCGCCAAGUCGCAGACCAUGCUCAACGACUCGAUCGAGGCCCUGCGCGCCUCCGAGUCCAAGGCCAAGCUUGAGGCUGCCAAGGCCACGUCCGAGGCUGCGUUCCACAAGGACCAGGCUGCACAGCUCCUCGCCAACCGCAAGGCGCUCGACGCCGAGAACGAGCGGGCACGGACCCGAAUCCUCGAGCUCUCGACCUCGAUUGUCGACCAUCAGAAGCGGCUGGCCAACGCCGACCACGACCUGGUGUCAACCCGCGACGCACUGCGCCGCUGCGAGGCCUCGCUGGCCAAGGCCGAGGCCGAGGCCUCGGUCGCACUCUCGGCCGAAAAGCGCGCCCGCGCCGAGACCGAGUCGCACCGCUCCGAGGUGGCGCGGAUGGAGAAGCUCCUCGCUUCGCUCCAGGCCAUGAUCGCCUCUCUCGAGUCGUCGCACGCUGCCGUCAAGGCGACGACCGAGGAGCACCUGGCGUCGGCCCGGGCCGAGGCCAAGCUCCUGCAAAACCAGCUCGAUGCGCUGCGCGAGCGGUCGUCGCAGGCCGCCACCAUUGCCGAGGGCAAGAUUGCCGCGCUCCAGCGCCAGCUCGACGAGAAGGCGACCGCCCUCCUUGCUGCCCGCGACGAGGCGUCGCAGGCCCGCGCUGAGCUCAAGGUGGCGCUGGCCAACCCCGGCCUUGCCGCCAACCUCUCGCAGGGCGCGGUGCAGGAUAUGGAAGUUGCCGGUGCCGGCGGCGAGUCCACAAGCGGUAGCGAGGCUGCAGGCAGCCUGCCGUCGGGCGAUGCCUUCCGCGAGCAGGCGCUCGAGCUCCAGCGCCAGUUGGUGCGCGAGAAGCAGCACGUGGCGCAGUUCAAGGCCAUUGCCGCCGAGGCCGAGAAGGCGCACGCCGAGCUGGCACGCACGUCGGACGAGUACAAGGCCACCACUGAUGCCGAGCUCACCCGCCUGCGGACCGAGCUGGCCGACGCGCGCAAAGCCGUGUCCGAGCAGGGUGCCCAGUUGCAGGAGGCCACGUCCGAGCUGCUUGCGCUACAGCAAAAGGUUAACACCGCCGACGCGGUGCUGGCGCGGGCCAAGGCAGCGGCCGACGAGCGUGAAGCAGCGCUCCUCGCCGAGAUGGAGGGCCUGCGUGAUGCGGCAGACCGAGUCGACGCCCGCGUCGCGCUCGCCAAGUCGCUGGCGACCCAGAACCAGGACAAGUACGAGAAGGAGAUUGUGGCGCACGCCAAGGAUCUCGAGGCACUCGCCGCCCUCCGCAGCGAGCUGGCGGAGAAGGAAGCCGAGGCGCGCAAGGCGCGCGAAGACGCACACACCGCGGAAGCCAAGGCGAGCGCGGCACGCGCCGAGCUGGAGGCUCUCCGCAAAGAGAGCGAGGCGAGCGUGGCGGCGACGGCCGAGCGCGUGGCCGAAGUCGAGAAGCAGAACGAAUUCCUGCACUCGCAACUGGAGACGGUGACGGCGCAGGCGCUGAGCGUGGGCAAGGCCGCAGGUGCAGCAGCCGACGCACGCGCGCCCACCCUCGCUGGCUCGCCGCUGCGGCCCGGCGCGGCGGCCGCCACCUUUGGCUCGCCGGCGGCCGGCGGCCAGGGUGCCGGCGAGAGCGCGGAGGACAGAGACAAGUCGCUGGCCGAGCUCCGCGAGGUUGUCCGCUUCCUCCAGCGCGAAAAGGAGGUGCUCGGGGCCAAGCUCGAGCUCUCGUCGCAGGAGUCCUCGCGGCUGCGGCAAAAGGCCGAGCACCUGCAGCGUACGCUGGAGACGGAGCGUGCGCGGGCCAGCGCCGAGGCGGCGUACGGUGAUGAAGGCGGCAUGACGUCGUCGCUGGCGCUGUACGGCGGACGGACAGUGGCUGAGCAGAAGGAGCUGAUGGACAAGGUCGCCAAGGUUGCGCUCUACGAGGAAUCGAACAUGAUGCUCCGCGACGAGUCGCGCCGCAACAUGGAGCGGCUCCGCGAGUGGGAGGAGCGCGCCCGGUCGUUUGAGGAGCAGCUGACGCCGCUGCUGAAGGAGAAGGCGGAGCUGGCAGCGUCGCGCGACGCAGCGCUCGCCGAGCGCGACUCGCUCAAGGUUGAGAUCGGUAUGUGGAAGACUCGCGUCGAGAAGCUGAUGAUCAAGUACAAGCGGGUUGACCCCGAGGAGCACGCCCGGCUGGUGGAGGCGGCCAAGGGCGCCAAGGCCCAGUUGGCAGCCAAGGACAAGGAGCUCGCCAUCGCGAGCAAGCAACUCGCCGAGCUCCGUGCAGCGCUCUCGGAGCGGUCUGCCGAGGUGACCAAGCUGGCCAAGUCGGAGGCGGAGCUCAAGACCAAGAGCGGCAAGCUGAUCAAGGCCGGGCAGUCGUGGCGGACCAAGGCGCGCGAGCACGCGGAGACCAUCAAAAAGCUCAAGGAAGAGAUGGCUGCCGCUGGGAGCAGGGCCACCGCUGAUGCCCAGUCCAAGAUCGAGCUCCAGAAGCGCGACGCGUCGGUGGCCGACCUGCAGGCGCAGAUGGCCAAGGCCAAGGCCCGCGCAGAGAAGGCCGAGGUCGAGCUUGCCGAGGCGAAGACGGCCCUGACCAAGGCCGAGACCCGCGGCAAGGCACUUGAGGAGCGUGCCAAGAGCAUCAUGGAGAAGAUGCAGAAGCUCAAGGCCGCCCGCAAGACCGCGCUCACCGAGAAGGCCGCCGCCGAGCAGAAGGCCGUCAACCUCGAGCGCAAGGUCAACCUGCUCCUGGCCAAGCUGGCCGGUGAGGCCGCCAUGGACGUUGCCCCGGCUGCGACCACGCCAGUCCCGGCCCAGAGCAUCGACACCCCGAUGCCGGUGCCCGAGCCGAUGGACGAGGCUCCCGCCGCGCCGCCCAAGCCAAAGUCCAAGUCCAAGAUUCCGCCGCCGCCUGCGCUCCCGGGCACCGCGCCCAAGAUCACCCGGCCGUUUGGCGGAAGCUCGGGCUCGUCCACGCCCAAGUUUAACUUUGGCGCCGGUGUUGGCGGCGCCGUCGGCGGCGGCGCUCGCAAGACCUUUGGCUUUUCGCCGGUCGGCUUUAGCAGCGGAGUCAAGCCUGCGUUUGGUCGCAAGCCCGAGCCGGAGGCCGAGCCCGUCGCUGACGACACCAACGACAUGGACGUGGUGGAGGAGCCCGUGGCUGAUGCCGAGGCCGAGGCCGAAGUCGAGACCGAGGUCGAGGAUGCGGUUGAGGAUGGCGAUGGCGAGGAUGAAGAUGGAGACGAGGCCGAGGAUCGGGAUGAGGCUGAGGCCGAGGCUGAGGUCGAGGCUGAGGUCGAGGCUGAGGUCGAGGCAGAGGUCGAGGCAGAGGCAGAAGCAGAGGAGGCGGACGAGGCCGAGGAGGAUGAGGACGAACCUGCUGAAGAUGCGGAUGGAGAGGCUGAUGUAGAGGCUGAGAACGAGGCCGACGCUGACGCCGACGCCGACGCCGACGCUGACGCCGAAUCAUAAAUGGUAUGAAAGCC